AAGAGACGGGCCCGGAGAGCACAAGAGAGAGAAAGAUGCGUGUCAGUCAAAGAAAAUAGGGCCAACAGGAGAGUGAUGAGCUGCGGCCGGGUUCGCAGCGACUGGCCACGCCGAUGACACGGAACAAAAUUAGCAUCACCAUGGAGAACCAAGGCAGACAUAUUCGACGUGGCCAGUGCAACAAAAAAGGCCAGUGCAGCGCAAUUGAUAGGUCAGAGUGUCCAAAGCCGUGCGGUGAGGCGUCCUGCUCACGCUUCAAUGAGACGUUCAUAGAGUGCAUAUGUCCAGAUGGUAAUGGACCCUCCAAGGAUCUCGUUUGCAGUUCAAAUAAUGUCGUCAACAGAAACAGCUCGUUUGGUGCAAUUCGCAUCAAUGGAACUUCUUCGGUCAAGACCCAUCAAAAUCAGACCGGACCGCACGUGUCCAGAGCGUCUGACCCGUUUUCGACCGAAGUCGUGACUGCAGUGGCCGCCUCGGCUGUGCUGGCCGUCGUGGUCGUCGUUGGCCUUGCAAUUUACUUGUGCAAGCAGUGGCCAAACGAUAUUUUCAAGAGGCGGAAAAAACAGUCAAACGUGCCACUUCCACUAAACAAAAACGUGCUGAUGGCCCAAAGGUACGCAGCAAACCCCCAGUAUUCAACGUCAGUGCCCAUGCAGGAGAUGCCGAGUGCUCCUCCUGGCGUUCUGAUUAUCGAGCGGAGCAAGUUGAAUUUGGAGAAGGAGCUCGGCGAGGGCUGUUUCGGCAAAGUCUUCGAAGGUGACCUGCUCAACGAAGACGGGUCGUCAAGGGUCGCUAUCAAAAUGCUGAAAAGCAGUGCCAGUCGCGAGGCUGAGGAAGACUUCAUGCGAGAGGUCGAAGUCAUGAGUUCGUUCCACAACGACCACAUUCUAAACCUCAUUGGCAUUGUUCUCAGAGAUGGUUUGGGUGAGCCGUGGAUGGUGUUUGAGUUCAUGGCUCACGGCGACCUGGCCGACGUGCUGCGCGCCAAUUCGCACGCCCUGCGUCGUCCGACGCCGGGACUGCCACCGCUGGGUCCGGCGUCCCUGCACGCGAUUUCAAUGCAGGUGGCCUCGGGCAUGGCCUACCUGGCCGAGCAGCACUUUGUGCACCGCGACCUGGCGUGCAGAAACUGCCUGGUCGGCGACGGACUCGUCGUGAAAAUCGCCGACUUUGGCAUGAGUCGCGACGUCUACACGUGCGACUACUAUAAGGUCGGCGGCGCCCGACUCCUGCCCAUUCGCUGGAUGAGCCCUGAAAGUAUUUUGUACGGAAGGUACACUCUCGAGUCUGACGUCUGGUCGUUCGGAGUAGUUCUCUGGGAAAUCUUCAGUCUGGGCCGACAACCCUAUUACGGAUACACCAAUGAGGAGGUAGUCAAAUUAAUCCUCCAAGGAUCUCUGCUAACUCCGCCAUCGCUGUGUCCGCCCCUAGUGACGGAAAUAAUGCUGAAAUGCUGGCGCCGCGAGCCGAAAGACCGGAUAAAAUUCCCCGAAAUCAACUUUUGCCUGCAAACUGCGGCACCCCAAAACCGUCGCGCGCUCGAAGUCAAUUUACCUUUGCCGCCCGUCGGCCUGGAAGAGGUGCAAAUGUUGGACCAGGAUCAGUACCUGCUUCCAAUCCCAAUGCCCCCGCCAGAGUAUUUGCAAACGCUGCCCAAUAAUGAACACAAAUUCUAGUUUUUACAUUUUAAUCAUAUUUUAUUGUAUAACUAAAACUAAAUCACAGAUAUUGCUAAGGUGUAUAAAUUAAGUGCUAGAGAUUAAAUUUUUAAGCAAUGCAUC